GUUAGAGGAGUAAAAGGGCAGGCCGUUCCUUCCAGGCGCUAUUGAGUCGAGCGAUCCCGCAUUGGAAUCUGGGGGCUGUGCGUGGAGGCUGAGACAACAAUCUCGCUUCCGAGAGCGGCCUUGUUAGUGCAGCGGCAACUACGAUCGUGCAGGGCAGCUGAAAUAUGGAGACGACGAGUCACAGGUCGGUCGCGACAACAUCCGGGCUGCGCAAGAGACACAGCGGUUUCUCAUCGUGGUCCUGCGUCGCAAUCUCCUUGGCGGUUCUCUGCUUUACAGCUACAAGCGCACUGCAGUCCAAGGGGGAGCCGUGCACGGCGAACGUGGGCGGCGUCAGGUCUCCGGGCUCCUGCGUGCCCCUGACCGUGUGUCCUCCGCUGAGCGCCCUGGCGGCCAAGGGGCGCAGGCCCCGGCCGUGCGGCUUCGACGAGUCCACGCUGCUCGUGUGCUGCCCGUCCAGGGACGUGGUCCGACCGAGCACCGGUACCACCAUCUCUCCUAGGAUCAGGCAACCCGCGCGGCCCAGGAACGAGCCAGGUUGCGGCACGGUAGUCGACGACGCCGGAGAGAUCGGGACGGGACCCAGAGGGGAAGUUCUGCUCGCAAGAUCACCUUGGCCCUGGAUGGUGGCCAUCUUUGAGGGCCGCAACUACAUCUGCGGAGGAACCCUGCUGGACAGGGACACGGUGCUCACGGCUGCUCAUUGCUUUAGAGGAACUGAACCAGUUCCCAGUGACUACAAGGUGCGACUCGGCGUGCUAGAAACCAACGAGACGGCGAGCUCUCACAGCGCCACGCUUACCGUCAAGUGGAUCCGCGUGCACAAGGAAUACCGGGUGGACCGGCACUACAAGGACAUCGCCAUCAUGCGGUUGGGCGGCAAGGUGACCUACGGCACGCACAUCGGCCCGGCAUGCCUGCCGCAGCCGGACCUCAAGCUCGGAGGACAGGUCGUGAUCAUCGGCUGGGGACACACCGAGUUCGGGGGCCGGUACGCCCGGAGACUACAGGAGGGCCGCGUGUCGGUCAUUAGCAACAAGGAUUGCGACGGCACUCUGCAGCAGUCCUCAAGCUACAAGACCUACAUACCGCAGGGUGUCACAGACGACUUCGUCUGCGCCGUCAAUCACACCGGCGUUGACGCCUGUCAGGGUGACUCCGGAGGUCCUUUGCUGGCGCUGGGAGCCGACUUCCGCUGGGGCGUGGUGGGCGUGGUGAGCUUCGGCAUCGAGUGCGGCGGCCGCUUUCCGGGUGUCUACACCAGAGUCACCACCUUCCUGCCCUGGAUCGACAAGAACAGGGACUGAGCCUCCCGCUGUGUGACACUUGCACUUCCAGGAGCUGCAACUUUAGAAUACGGGGGUUCACCGCGCUUUGUUCGGAGUCUCGGUGACGUUGUUGAACUUGGGGAAAACAACGCCCUAAGGAUAUUCUACUUUCGUACUUUUAUGAGUCAGAAGGGUACACCUAAAUACGCUCUGAACUUUUCUAAAUAUUUGUUUUUUUUUUGGUAAUUGGACGUAUGUUACAAAAUAACUAUUCCACCCUCCCCCGAUCGAAACGCAAAACAAAAAAGAAGCAGCAACAUAUUAACGUUGCGAGACACAUUUUGAGUUAGAAGCAAUAACAAAACUUCUUUACAUUCCCAGAGGUUGAUACCUAGACAUAACCCUAUACGUUUUGGGAUCGCUCAAAUAAGUACAAUUUCAUCGUGAAUGUUGCGCUAAAAUAAUAUUCUGGGGAAGGUUUAUUUUGUAACGUACGUGUCCUAUCCAGGUGCACGAAAAUGUGUACGUAGGAGAGUAUCGUUUUAGUAUGGUUUUAUUAUAUCAAGUAUGCUUUUGAUGUAUUUUAGGGGUCCGUUUUAUUCUAGCGUUGUGGUUCGCGCGUCGACCCAGUCUGGUAACUCAGAUGUACGUACUAUACGUAUACGGUUCAUGUUCUAUUAGUAAACUAAAACGAUACUUAAAGUGUGCUUUAUGAAGUGUCCCUUGGAAGCAACGAAUUGUCAUGUGUCACUUUUUGCCGCAAAUAAGAGUUAAAAAUAAGGUGAACGGAGUAAAAUAGCGGCAUUCUUCUUUAUGCUAUAGAUUAACGCAUGAGACUGCCUGUCAUUUUUGACGCGCAUGUAAAAAUUGCGGUGUAUUUAUUUUGCUUUCUGGAGUGUGACAACUGUUUUGUGGUGUUCAGUGGACACAAGCUGGAUUUUGAGAUUCCGGAAGUCUGUUACUAUGUCCUGCAACGCUCACUUUUGUAUUUAUAUGUGAUUGACUCAGUAUUUGCAAAAAUAUCACAAGUGCGAGUGUUUAUACAUGUUUACACAUAAGAUAAACAUUAUAAGACUGAAUGUUCGAACUAUUUAUUCCCCAUUUCAUGACACAUAUUCGUUUAUUUAACAUAAAAAAGAAUUAACCUUGUCAUUGCACAUAAGGCGGGCAUACUUUUACUCCUUUAUGUUCCUGGUAAUAAAAUUUACGCUGGCAGCAAUGUUAUGAUUCUCGAUUGAAAACUGAAUACUCGGACUAAGAUUGAUAGACGUAUUUGGGGAAUAAUGACACCUGUCUCAUUCGCAUCCUCGUGAGUGACGUUCCAUCGUUCCAAAAUAUCGCGCUUAACUUGGUCUCUCGCUCGGUAGCCUCGGUAGUUUAGAUAGGGUCGCAUACGCGAAAGAUUACGAUUACCAACCAGUUCAUAACGUAGAUUUCGAGUUUUUUUUUUUUUUUUUUUUUUUUUUGCCAUUUUGAAAUAGGUGGUUGUACUGAGUAGACCGUUCUGAUACCUCCGAUAAAGAUACCCGAUGCUCCGCUGACGCUUCUUGCGCGUGCAUGGCAUCGUUAUCAGAGGCGUGGGAAUGAUCUGCUAAAACUCCCUAUUGCGUCGCCCUUCCGCUUACUUUCUAAUCUCUGCCAAACGCAGCACUGGAGCCAAAUCUUCUUGCGCUGUACUCUGGUAGGGCACCGAUGGAAUACCAGCACUACGGCUUCGUUAUCAAGGAGGAGUUGCUUUUUUACCAGCCUCAAGAUUGUUCGAAGGAAGAUCUUUGUUCUCACAAUAUUUUUUCACGUGAAACUUUAUUUGGAGAGGUGUUCGGCAUUUCGUUAAACCCAAAACUGAAGCGUGGAUAAAAGUGUGUCCUCAAAACUCGACACUGAUCGCUUUUUUUUUUUUUGGGGGGGGG